UCAGACGAAAUGGAGGGGGGUGAGAGGGAAAAAAACCGAACUGGCACCGUCGCCCUUUGUUUCUAGCCAGCUAAAGAAAUCGAGGGGAGAUACCGGCGAAACCUGUAUUCACUGUUUGACAGUGCUUUGCUGCUUUCAUUCCUCCAGCAUCUGCUGACAGAUGUCCACUCCGGACCCCCCUAUGGGAGGGACCCCUCGGCCGGGUCCCUCCCCGGGCCCCGGGCCCUCUCCUGGGGCCAUGAUGGGGCCGAGCCCUGGACCCUCUCCCGGCUCGGCCCACAGCAUGAUGGGCCCCAGCCCGGGGCCUCCGUCCUCAGGUCACCCCAUGCCCCCUCAGGGACCCUCUGGCUACCCGCAGGACAACAUGCAUCAGAUGCACAAGCCGAUGGAGGGCAUGCAUGAGAAGGGCAUGCCUGACGACCCUCGCUACGGCCAGAUGAAGAGCAUGGGCAUGAGGCCCGGCGCCCACAGUGGCAUGGGCCCUCCACCCAGCCCCAUGGACCAGCACUCCCAAGGUUACCCGUCUCCUCUGGGCAGCUCUGAGCACGCUCCCAGCCCCGUGCCGGCCAACGGGCCCCCCUCAGGACCCAUGAUGCCCUCUGGCCCCGGCGGGGUGCCCAAUAUGGAGGGCGGCGACCCCCAGGGCAUGUCCCAGCAGCAGCAGCAGCAGCAGGGCCGGGGCGGGGUGCCCGGCGGUGGAGGCCCCGGUGGUGGCCCUGGUGGACCCGGUGCGGGGGGGCCCGGAGGCCCAGGCGCCGGUGGUCCAGGCGGCCCGGGAGGUCAGCCCGGCGGGGGCGGCGGAGGAGCGGGCAGCGGCCCCGGGGGAGCGGGCGGACCCACGCCCUUCAACCAGAACCAGCUGCACCAGCUGCGGGCCCAGAUCAUGGCCUACAAGAUGCUGGCGCGCGGGCAGGUGCUGCCGGAUCACCUGCAGAUGGCAGUGCAGGGCAAGAGGCCCAUGCCCGGCAUGCAGCCGCCCAACAUGCCCAACAUGCCGCCCUCCGCCGGACCCGGAGCAGGACCUGGGGCAGGCCCCGGACCUGCCUCCGCCAACUUCAACAGACCUCACGGUAUGGUUGGGCCCAACAUGCCUCCCCCUGGACCCUCUGGAGUGCCUCCUGGCAUGCAGGGUCAACCCACUAACGGACCACCCAAACAAUGGCCUGAAGGUCCCAUGGGGAAUAAUGCACCCCCCAACAGUGGCCCUCAGCAGAAGCUCCUCCCCCCUCAGCCCACCGGUCGACCCUCCCCGGCGCCCCCCUCCGUGCCCCCGGCCGCCUCCCCAGUCAUGCCCCCCCAGACCCAGUCGCCUGGACAACCGGCCCAGCCGCCGCCCAUGAUGCUGCAUCAGAAACAGAACCGCAUCACGCCCAUCCAGAAGCCCCGCGGCCUCGACCCCGUCGAGAUCCUGCAGGAACGCGAGUACAGGCUGCAGGCUCGCAUUACGCACCGCAUUCAGGAGCUGGAGAACCUUCCGGGCUCUCUGGCAGGAGACCUGAGGACCAAAGCCACCAUCGAGCUCAAGGCCCUGAGGCUGCUCAACUUCCAGAGACAGCUGAGGCAGGAGGUGGUGAUGUGCAUGCGUCGUGACACGGCGCUGGAGACUGCUCUGAACGCCAAGGCCUACAAGCGCAGCAAGCGACAGUCGCUACGCGAGGCACGCAUCACCGAGAAGCUGGAAAAACAGCAGAAGAUCGAACAGGAGCGCAAGCGCAGACAGAAGCACCAGGAAUACCUCAACAGCAUCCUUCAGCAUGCCAAGGACUUCAAGGAGUACCACCGCUCCAUCACGGGCAAGAUCCAGAAGCUCACCAAAGCCGUGGCCACCUACCACGCCAACACUGAGCGCGAGCAGAAGAAAGAGAACGAGCGCAUAGAGAAGGAGAGAAUGAGGAGGCUGAUGGCUGAGGAUGAGGAGGGCUACCGUAAGCUGAUCGACCAGAAGAAGGACAAGCGUCUGGCCUACCUCCUGCAACAGACCGACGAGUACGUGGCCAACCUCACAGAGCUGGUGCGCGCUCACAAGGCUGCGCAGGUCGCCAAGGAGAAGAAAAAGAAGAAGAAGAAAAAGAAGGCGGAGAACGCAGAUGGCUCGACCCCAGCUCUGGGCCCAGAUGGAGAGCCUCUGGAUGAGACCAGUCAGAUGAGCGAUCUGCCAGUGAAGGUGAUCCACAUGGAGAGCGGCAAGAUCCUGAUAGGGGAGGACGCUCCCAAGGCUGGCCAGCUGGAGACAUGGCUGGAGAUGAACCCUGACUACGAGGUUGCUCCACGUUCAGACAGUGAAGACAGCGGAUCAGAUGAGGAAGAGGAGGAAGAGGAGGAGCAGCAGCCUCAGCCGUCUCAGGCCCCCACCGAGGAGAAGAAGAAGAUCCCCAACCCCGACACCGAGGACGUGUCCGAGGUGGACGUGCGCCACAUCAUCGAACACGCCAAGGAGGAGGUGGACGACGAGUAUGCGGACGCCAGGUUCAAUGCGGGCCUGCAGUCCUACUACGCUGUGGCUCACGCCGUCACGGAGACGGUGGACAAGCAGUCAACCCUGCUGGUCAACGGACAGCUCAAGCAGUACCAGAUCAAAGGUCUGGAGUGGCUGGUGUCCCUGUACAACAACAACUUGAACGGGAUCCUUGCGGACGAGAUGGGCCUGGGCAAGACCAUCCAGACCAUCGCCCUCAUCACCUACCUCAUGGAGUACAAGCGCAUCAACGGGCCCUUCCUCAUCAUCGUGCCCCUCUCAACUCUCUCCAACUGGGUGUACGAGUUUGACAAGUGGGCUCCAUCUGUGGUGAAGAUCUCUUACAAGGGUUCUCCAGCUGCUCGUCGCGCUUUUCUUCCAAUUCUGCGGAGUGGCAAGUUCAAUGUGCUACUCACCACUUACGAAUACAUCAUCAAGGACAAGCACGUGCUGGCCAAGAUCCGCUGGAAGUACAUGAUUGUGGACGAGGGUCACCGCAUGAAGAACCACCACUGCAAGCUGACGCAGGUGCUGAACACGCACUACCUGGCGCCGCGCCGCGUGCUGCUGACCGGCACGCCGCUGCAGAACAAGCUGCCCGAGCUCUGGGCCCUGCUCAACUUCCUGCUGCCCACUAUCUUCAAGAGCUGCAGCACCUUCGAGCAGUGGUUCAACGCCCCCUUCGCCAUGACCGGGGAGAAGGUGGACCUGAAUGAGGAGGAGACCAUCCUGAUCAUCAGGCGUCUCCACAAGGUGCUCCGCCCCUUCCUGCUGCGCCGACUGAAGAAGGAAGUGGAGGCCCAGCUCCCAGAGAAGGUGGAGUAUGUGAUCAAGUGCGACAUGUCUGCGCUCCAGAGGGUGCUGUACAGGCACAUGCAGGCCAAGGGAGUCCUGCUCACCGACGGCUCCGAGAAGGACAAGAAGGGCAAGGGUGGCACCAAGACCCUGAUGAACACCAUUAUGCAGCUGAGGAAGAUCUGCAACCAUCCCUACAUGUUCCAGCAGAUCGAGGAAUCCUUCUCCGAGCACCUGGGCUUCACUGGAGGUAUUGUCUCAGGGCCUGACCUGUACCGUGCCUCUGGCAAGUUCGAGCUGCUGGACCGCAUCCUGCCCAAGCUGCGGGCCACCAACCACAAGGUGCUGCUCUUCUGUCAGAUGACCUCGCUCAUGACCAUCAUGGAGGACUACUUUUCAUACCGCAACUUCAAGUACAUGCGUCUGGAUGGAACCACGAAGGCUGAGGACCGUGGCAUGCUGCUGAAGAGCUUCAACGACCCCGAGUCGCAGUACUUUGUGUUCCUGCUGAGUACCAGGGCUGGAGGCCUGGGUCUCAACCUGCAGUCCGCUGACACUGUCAUCAUCUUUGACAGCGACUGGAACCCUCACCAGGAUCUGCAGGCCCAGGAUCGUGCCCACCGUAUCGGGCAGCAGAACGAGGUGCGCGUGCUGCGGCUGUGCACGGUCAACAGCGUGGAGGAGAAGAUCCUGGCCGCCGCCAAGUACAAGCUGAACGUGGACCAGAAGGUCAUCCAGGCCGGCAUGUUCGACCAGAAGUCCUCCAGCCACGAGAGGAGAGCCUUCCUGCAGGCCAUCCUGGAGCAUGAGGAGCAGGACGAGAAUUGUCUGCCUAACGAGGCUGGCACCCCAACCAUGGAAGAGGAUGAAGUGCCAGACGAUGAGACAGUCAACCAGAUGAUUGCUAGAAGCGAGGAUGAGUUUGACCAAUUCAUGCGUAUGGACCUGGACCGUCGUCGUGAGGACGCGCGUAACCCCAAGCGUCGGCCUCGGCUGAUGGAGGAGGACGAGCUGCCAUCUUGGAUCAUCAAGGACGACGCGGAAGUGGAGCGCCUCACCUGCGAGGAGGAGGAGGAGAAGAUGUUCGGUCGCGGCUCACGCCAGCGCAAGGAGGUCGACUACAGCGACUCACUCACCGAGAAGCAGUGGCUCAAGGCCAUCGAGGAGGGCACCUUGGAGGAGAUGGAGGAGGAGGUGCGGCAUAAGAAGACCACCCGCAAGCGCAAGCGUGACCGCGACAUUGACCCGGGGCCCGCCACGCCGGGCUCCAGCAGCGGACGCGGCCGCGACAAGGACGAGGACGGCGGCAGCGGCAAGAAGCAGAAGAAGAGGGGCCGCCCGCCGGCCGAGAAGCUCUCCCCCAACCCCCCCUCCCUCACCAAGAAGAUGAAGAAAGUGGUGGAUGCUGUCAUCAAGUACAAGGACAGGUCAGGAAGUAACGGCCGGCAGCUGAGUGAAGUCUUCAUCCAGCUGCCCUCUCGCAAGGAGCUGCCAGAGUACUACGAGCUCAUCCGCAAACCAGUGGACUUCAGGAAAAUCAAGGAGAGGAUCCGCAGCCACAAGUACCGCAGCCUCAACGACCUGGAGAAGGACGUGAUGCUGCUGUGCUCCAACGCACAGACCUUCAACCUGGAGGGCUCGCUGAUCUUCGAGGACUCCAUCGUAAUCCAGUCGGUGUUCACCAGCGUGCGGCAGAAGAUUGAGAAGGAGGAGGACAGCGAGGGAGAGGAGAGUGAGGAAGAGGAGGAGGAGGCCGACGAAGGAUCCGAAUCGGAAUCGCGCUCGGUGAAGGUGAAGAUCAAGCUAAGCCGGAAGGAGAAGGAGAAGGGAGGAGAGAGGGAGCGCGAGAGGGGGAAAGGAGGACGGCGGCGUAUGGGACGAGGCUCUCGAGCUAAACCAGUAGUCAGCGACGACGACAGUGAGGAGGAACAGGAAGAUGAACGCUCUGGAGGCAGCGGCAGUGAGGAAGAUUAAACCUCAUCAGGACUAGUGCCCCUCCAAAUCCCCACACCCCCUCCCCACACACACAUACCUGUACCAGCACACACACACUCGCACCCAGAGAAAACUGUGGCCACUUGACACCAGUGUGUGUAUAUGUGUGUGUGUUGCACGUAUGUAUGCGGGUGCGUGCGCGUGCGUGUGUGUGGCUGGGUGUUUCUUGUGGUGGGUGGUGAUAUACUGAAGACUGGGGUGUAGUUUGAUUAUAGAUGAUCAGAUUUUCUUUCUUUUUUAUUAGUUAUUUCAUGUGUAUCAGAUAAUAAAAUUUUAAAAAUGUGCGUUUAAAUUUAAAACAAAAAAGGAAGAAAGUUCAAAUCCACCUUCAUAUUUAAGCAGGCAAUCCCGAUUUAAACUGUAGAAGCGUUUACGUCUCUGGCUGUUUUUUGUUUGUUUGGUUUAUUUUUUGUAUGGAAGGGGAGUUGUUGUUUUUUUUGUCAUUUUCUUUCCGUUUAGAUGCGUGUUUGUAAACAGACGAGGGCUGACUGAGGACCACACAGAAGGUUUUACUUGACAUUGUAAAGUGAAGCGUUCUCGUUAUUAUGUUUUUCUUUCUUUUUUUGUCACUUAUGCUGCAGAAUCAAACCAUUCCCCUUCUGUCACUCCCAGUCCCCUUUCUCCCCUACCCAGAAUGCAUGUUGUUGAGUGUGAAUGUGUGUAGAAGUGCACGCGGAAGACAUGGCGUUUUUGUUUUCGCCGACAUAUACUUUUUCCUCCCCAUAUCCUCCUCUCCUCUCUGUAUCUCUUACCUAUUCAUCUUUUCUAUCAUCACACCUUCUCUUUUCUUUCCUCUCCUUUUUUUGUUUUUACUGGGAUGAUGAUUAAUUUAAGGAAAUGAAUUGCGGUAGCGGGAUCAAGGUACGUCCUGCUCUCUUGCCCUCGGCUACUGUGCUGGGAGGAAGAGGAGGAGGAGGAGGAGGAGGGAGACACGGUGAAGACUCCUUGUCUUGUGUCGGUGUCACUGGACUUUUCAAAUCUUCAAUAAAGGCAUCUCAUUAAUCCACUCA